CUGAUCUAACCGAUUGCGUAAGGAACCGGGCACGACGGCGCGAGAGGGUCUGGUACGAGGCUAAUUGCGAUCGGAUGAAGCAUGUCGCAGGCAAAGCUGUUGACGCUCGUUCUAAUUUACAACAAGCCUCACAUCCUUCUUGGGAUGAAAAAGAGGGGUUUUGGUGUAGGGCGAUGGAACGGAUUUGGAGGAAAGGUCCGAUCUGACGAAACAGUAGAAGACGCUGCCAAGAGAGAACUGCUAGAAGAAGCAAACGUGACUGUUUCGUCGCUGGAUCGAGUUGGAGUUUUGACGUUCGAAUUUGAUGGUGAGCCUGAAUUGUUGGAGGUUCACGUUUUCAAAUCUCAGCAGUACGAAGGACUUCCACAAGAAUCAGAAGAAAUGAGACCUCAAUGGUUUCAUGAAGACUGUAUUCCAUUUGAUGAGAUGUGGCCUGACGACGUUCUUUGGUACCCCCUCUUUCUAGAAGGUAAAAAGUUCAGAGGACAUUUUAAAUUUAAAGGUCAUGACACGAUGCUGAACUAUACUAUAUCAGAAGAAGCUUCAGCUCUAGAUUGAACUUCAAAUAGGUUUAAUAGAUGCACAGACAAACCAAGUUCUUGCAGACAGUUUCUGUAAAUGUGCUAUUGUUAGUUUCUUUGUUGAUUAAUUAACAAACAGUACAGUUAUAGGUUAAACUGAAAGUGCAUGGCAUGUCAUCUAGUUGCUUAACUACUUUA